AUGCAGCUGCUCGAUUCCGAUAGUUCGAUUACAAACAAUAAUAACUAUUCUAGAGGUAUACUCACAGAUGAUGGUAUAUUAAUCAAAUCACAACUUUCAAAUCCUUUUGAAGAUGACCCGGAGUCUAUGAAUGUACGCACCUUAGUAGAUGAUACUGUCGGUUCAUAUUUCUGUUUUAAUACUUGUUGUUUCGAUGAUUCAACUAAUGAUCCUUCCAGAUCCUCUCUGCUACCAAUAAAUACAAUAAUACCUUUUCAUAACAUUAUUAACGCUAGAUAUUUAAAUACAGCUUCUAUUGAAUCGGAUGACGAUGAUGACGAUGAUGAUGAUCCAAAUGAUCAACUAAUGAACACAGUCUCACAAGUUUAUUCAAGCACAAAUUCUCUAUCUUCUGGCAUACAAAAAAAUAAUUAUACUGCUAGUGAUGAAAAUCAAAACGGCAAGAAAACAAAAACAUCUUCGUCUCAAGAACAAGCUAACACCAUUAUAGAUAUAAGCACCAUUUCAUUAUCAAAUUCAAAUGAUAAAAUUAUUGAAAUUACGUUUAUCUCAUCUCAUAACAAUAAUUUGAUUCCAAAAAAGAUCAAUGUCCUAAUAGAUUAUUUGCCUUCCACUUCAACAAAUAUUGUGGAACAAAUCUUAUUAAAAAGUUAUCCAAAUUUGGGCAAAGAUCGUAAUAAAUCUUUACUCAUAAUUAUUAAUCCCCACGGUGGGAAAGGUAAAGCUCUUAAACUAUUUCAAGAACAUGUCGAACCAAUUUUAAAAUUAACCUUUUUCAAAUUUGAAGUUAAACUAACUGAAUAUCAUAGACAUGCAAUGCAAAUUGCUCGCAAGUUGGAUUUAGACAAAUUUGAUACCAUAGUUUGCGCUUCUGGUGAUGGUAUACCAUAUGAAGUAAUUAACGGUCUAUACCAACGUACAGAUCGCUCAAAUGCAUUCAACAAGCUAUGUGUCACCCAGUUACCUUGUGGUUCAGGUAAUGCAAUGAGUAUAUCCUGUCACGGAACUGGAAACCCAUCGCAUGCUACACUUUCAUUACUGAAGUCUCAAGAGACAAGAAUAGAUAUAAUGAGUUGUUCGCAACAAAAAGAAAAUGACUGCACAACAAAUUUAUCCUUUCUCAGUCAAACUUGUGGUUGUAUUGCUGAAUCAGAUAUAAAUACAGAAUUCAUAAGAUGGAUGGGACCAAUUAGAUUUGAUUUAGGUGUAGCAUACAACGUUUUUCAAAGCAAAAAAUUCCCCUGUGAUAUUUACGUCAAAUAUGCCGUAAAGGAUAAGGAACAUUUAAAAGAUUUUUAUAUCAAUAACCUUCAGGAUUCACAAGGUAAUAAAAAAAAUAUUAAAAGCAAUGUCAUCACCGAAAAUGACUUUGCAUUAAAAUAUCCUUUAGAUUGUCCAAUUCCACAUGAUUGGGAGAAGCUUGAUUCAAAUGUUACUGAAAAUCUUUCCAUCUUUUAUAUUGGUAAAAUGCCUUAUAUUUCAAAUAACGUCAAUUUUUUCCCAGCCGCUUUACCAAAUGAUGGUACAAUGGACUUGGUUGUGACAAACACAACUACACCAGUGUCAAGAAUGACAUCCAUUUUAUUAUCUUUGGAUAAAGGUACACAUUUAUCACAGACUGAAGUUUUAUAUUCUAAAAUUGUUGCAUACAAAAUUGUGCCUAAAUCUCCGAAUAAUAAAAAUGUCUUUUCAAUCGAUGGUGAAAGAUUUAAUUAUGAACCGUUACAGGUUGAAAUCAUACCAGGCCUUGUAAAAACAUUAUUGAAAGAUGGUCGUUUCAAAGAUAGUAACUUUGAAUCAAUGUAA